UCCAAACUUUUUAAUGCAACUUUUUUAUUAUCAUACUUUAUCCAUUUUUGAUUUUCAAUAUCCCAAUAAUGAAUACAUCCUUCAGGUCAUUCAGCCGAAUAAAUUUUACUAAAUACACCUCUGGUAAUAUAAGUAAUAUCUUUAAAAUUUUCAAAAGUUAUCCAUUCAAGAUAUUUUUUACAGUGCACAGCAUUAAGUUGUGAUUGUUG